CAUGCACAAAUUCUGAAUUUUGCAAUUCGCUUGAAGAAUUAAUUUAAAACUAAUUUUGUUAGAAACUAGAGGUCGCAACACAAGGUGUGGUAAAAUUGCAGUGUGAAAAUGGCGUCUAUUCCUGUAGAUUUAGAGCUAAAAAAGGCUUUCCAGGAGUUACAAACGAAAAUGGUCGAGACUACACAGAAACUGAAAAUGUCUGACAUUCAGAUUGAGAGUUUAAAGAAAACUAUUCAACAUGCCAAACUAACAGAUAGUGAAAUUUUAAGUCUACCAGCAGAUACUAGAAUGUAUCAAGGCUUAGGAAGAACAUUUCUACUAACUACUCCCCAAGAUAUUAAGAAAGAUAUUGAAGAAAAAAUCAAGACAUCAGAUGAGAAGAUUAAGAACUUAGAGGUAACUUUUGCCAGUGUAUUAUUUACUAGAAUAUCAUUCUUAGCAUCAUACAAUAAUUGGAUUGAGAACAGCAGAAUUUGAAGAUCUUUGGUGGCU